GGAAAAUGAAACUGAAGUGCCUGUCAGCUGUGUUGCGUCUCUGUGUGUGCAUGCAGUGAAAUGGCUGAAGCCACAUUUUCUCAGGAUAAAUUCAGCUGUCCAGUGUGUCUGGAUCUAUUGAAGGAUCCAGUGACUAUUGCCUGUGGACACAGUUACUGUAUGAGCUGCAUUACAGACUGCUGGGAUCAAGAGGAUCAGAAGAGAGCCUAUAGCUGCCCGCAAUGCAGACAGACCUUCAGUCCAAGACCUGCUUUAAAUAAAAGCACCAUGCUGGCAGAAGUGGUGGAGCAACUGAAGAAGACUGAACUCCAAACUGCUUUUCCUGCUGGACCUGGAGAUGUGGAGUGUGACGUCUGUACUGGGAGAAAACACAAAGCCAUCAAGUCCUGUCUGGUGUGUCUGAACUCUUUCUGUCAAAAUCACCUUGAACAACAUGAGAAUCUCUUUAAAGGAAAGAGACAUGAUUUAAUGGAUGCCACUGGACGACUUCAGGAGAUGAUCUGCCGUAAACAUGAGAAACUGCUGGAAAUUUACUGCCGUACUGACCAGAGCUGUAUAUGUCUGCUCUGUAUGGUGGAUGAACACAGAAAUCAUGAGACGGUAUCAACUGCAGCAGAGAGGACCGAGAAACAGAGACAAUUAGAUGAGACAUGGAGAGAAUUCCAGCAGCAAAUCCAGGAGCGAGAGAAGAGGCUUCGGGAGCUGAAAGAGGCUGUGGAGACUCACAAGCGCUCUGCACAGACAGCAGUGGAGAGCAGUGAGAAGAUCUUUACUGGACUCAUCCGCUCCAUUGAGAAGAGACGCUCUGAGGUCACACAGAUGAUCAGAGAUCGAGAAAAGACUGUAGAGAGUCGAGCUGAAGGACUCAUGGAGCGGCUGGAGCAGGAGAUUGAUGUUCUGAGGAAGAGAAACGAUGAGCUGAAGCAGCUUUCAGACACACGUGAUCACAUCCAUUUCCUUCAGAGUUUUCCAUCUCUCUCUGACGCUCCUGGAUGUCCGGAUGUUCCCAGCAUAACUUUCAGUUCCUAUGAUGAUGUUGGACAAUCAGUCUCUAAGCUGAGACAAAAAUUUGAGUAUUUUUGCAGACAGAAGAUUGAAAAGAUAUCUGAUAAGGCAGAGAGGCCUGAGACAGAAAAUGCAGGAUUGGAUUUGAGAGAGAGACUGUAUUUUCACAGAGCACAGACAAAUCACAGCACAGCACAAAUUUUUGCAAACAUUUUUUAA